ACAAGGUGAUCAUAUGGUAAUGGCUCCAGAUUUAUUGAGAUAGUCGGGGGCUGUUCGUUUUUUCUUCCAGUAAAUUCUACUUCUGCAUUCUGAAAGGUACACGAACGCUUUGAAAUAUUGAACUCAGUUUCAGUAAUGUAGAACGGCAUAUUACUAAUUAUUAAGUACUUAGUGAAGCUCUAAAUUGACAGGCACAUUAAAGAACUCACAAGGAAACGGAGAAUGCUUUUCCAACACUCAAAAAACUAAUGCCGAGGUACCCAAGUACACAGACUUUUCUGCUAAAAGUAAAUGUCUUUACCUGCGUUUCUAAAAUUAAGAAAAUAUAUUAGGAAUUAAACUACCCGUCAGCAAUUACUAAUUAGCUUAGUGUUACAACCGUACAAAUUGGGGCAUUCAUUUCGUGAAGGCUUAAUAAAACAUGAGCAAAAUGCAUAAUAUAUGAUGGGCCAGACUUAACAGUGAGCACCUCGGAAAAUGAGAUUCCAGAUUGCGUUUAUAAACUUUACAGUGUUGAACUCUGCUGACCACGUUGCGCAGCGCGGCACUUUCAACAUCUAUUACGGAAGCGCGGGGGUGCCAGUUCCGUUCCGUGGCAUUUUUUUGCCCCCUGGCUGGAAGGGUAAGCAGCUCGUAAGAAACGACGAUGUCGGAGCAGGAGGGUCUGAAAUGCUCCAGUGCUCGCAACCGAGGAGGAGUACAGCGGGUGGAAGGCAAGUUAAGAGCCAGCGUUGAGAAAGGGGAAUACUAUGAAGCCCAUCAGAUGUACCGCACCUUAUUCUUUAGGUAUAUGUCACAAGGUAAACAUGCAGAAGCUAGAGAACUGAUGUAUUCGGGAGCUGUGCUUUUCUUCAGCCAUAAUCAGCAAAAUAGUGCUGCUGAUUUAUCUAUGCUGGUUUUGGAGUCCCUUGAAAAAUCGGAUGCAGAGGUGAUAGAUGACAUUUUAGAACACUUGGCAAAGCUGUUUAGUCUGAUGGAUCCCAAUACCCCAGAAAGAGUAGCAUUUGUUUCCAGAGCGAUAAAGUGGUCCAGUGAAGGCUCAGGCAAACGGGGGCAUCCGAAACUGCAUCAGCAGCUUGCCGUUACAUUAUGGAAAGAGCAAAACUACAGUGAGUCUCGGUAUCACUUCCUGCACUCUUCGGACGGUGAGGGCUGUGCGGAUAUGCUAGUGGAAUACUCAGCAUCUCAGGGGUACCGGAGUGAAGUGGACAUGUUUGUGGCUCAAGCAGUCUUACAAUUUCUGUGUUUAAAAAAUAAACUCGGCGCGUCCGUUGUUUUUACAACCUACACACAGAAGCAUCCUUCCAUAGAAAAGGGGCCGCCCUUUGUACAGCCUUUGUUAAAUUUUAUUUGGUUCUUAUUACUUGCUGUGGAUGGGGGUAAAUUAACAGUCUUUACAGUGUUAUGUGAACAAUAUCAGCCAUCGCUGAAGAGAGAUCCAAUGUACAAUGAGUAUCUUGACAGAAUAGGACAGCUUUUCUUUGGAGUACCACCAAAACAGUCCUCGUCUUACGGAGGAUUGUUAGGAAACCUGCUGAACAGCCUGAUGGGGGCGAGUGAAGAGGAGGCAGAAGAGGGCAAGGAGGACAGCAGUCCCAUUGAACUGGACUAAGCCAGGGCUGGGGUCAAAGUGUUUGGGCUGCGUAGAGUGUUUUAAUAAUAAAAACAAGGUGAUUGUUCUCAACUCCUGCGUUGCGUCUGAGCAGCUGCAAAGGGCAUUUUCUUCGUUUGCAAAUAAAAUGCAGCAAAUGUUGGUAAUGGUUUACCACACAACCUCAUUCCAAGAUACUACCCUGGUGUAUUGUGGUGGGUUUCCUUUCUAUAAAAAGGGAAAAGGCUCCUUUGUCCGUUUUCAGCCCAAAGCAGCUCCACUUACUGUAGAUAUGAGUGUUAGGGCUGCAUUGCGGUCAUAGUAAAGUGUUUUGUCAUAGUAGCAUCAUUAGAGGGUUAUGUAACCAGAGUUUAAGCUGGAUGACUCAGUCUGCCUCCCUUAUCAAUAACACUUGCUGAUCUGAUCAUAUUUGAUUUGUCUUGAGCUACAGCAGAAGGAUUCACAAAUGUAUUUACCUGUAUGAAUGAAGAUAAUAGGCCUGCAUAUACAAUUUAUAUGUUAUACUGUCACAAAUGGGGACUGGGGGAUAUUGUUUGGUUCACCUGUUUGGAGUGAAUUAUGUGCAUUAAAGGAGAACCAUGUUCAGCUCGUUUAACUAAAUAUGUACAUCUUUUCUCCUUACUUGGCAAAAAGUGAACUGCGCCUGGAUUAAAUUGAAUUGAUGGCAGCGCCAUCGCCAAUAUAAAGUAUAAUAAACAGCGUUGCGAUAAACUUUGAUUUAAUUCAGGCCCUGGUUUAUUUCCUUGCCAUUUUUUUUAAUGUUAUGGUGUAUUGGCCAAUGACUUAUAGGAAAGAAUUAUGCUUUGGAACGCCACAAGUGUAGAACCAAUAAUCCCUUAUUGCCAUAAUUCUAAAACGUGUGGAACGUGAACUGUGAAGGCUCAGUGAAGUGGCGCAGAGAAUUUAACAACAGAAAAAAAGAGUGUUUUUGAACACACUGGACAAAACGGACUCCAACUAAUAUUAUCCCGGAAGAGAGAAAAUAUUUGAAGCAUUCUGUUAAAUUGUGAUCGAGAACUCGCGUAUGUUGCAGGUUAUGUUUUUUAGGGUUGUUUAACUUACAACCCCUUUAAAGCUACAUUCGUAUUUGUUUUUAGAUCUGCAUGAUGUGCAUAUCUUUAAAAAAAAAGAAAAAAAUUAUGAAUUCAUGUGACAGUGGGAGAUGUUUUAAAAAAAAAAGGAAUUAAAUGAAAGUGCAUUCUGUAACGCAGAACAUCUUAUUUGUGAAAUCAACCCAACGUGGGAUUAUGUACUAGUGCUCCCCUUUUAUAAGGCAGCCCUUUAUAGUACAGAACAGGUUAUAAGGCGGAACACAAACAGUGUGUUCUCUUAACUAUGGCUCCUGACUACAGUGUCUGUAUCUGCCAAUAUCUGCUUUCAUUUGUUAGAGAAACUUUAGGUUUGUUUUGACAUCAGCCAUUGUUCGUAUUUAUUACACCUCUGCUUUUAGAUUUGUUUUUGGUUUUGUUUAAUAUUUGAUAAAAAUUUACCUCACAGUA